AUGAGGCUCGAGACCAGAACCGUCGCUGCUCCAUCACUUGACGCCGUCAAGAUGGAGGAUCGCAAGCGGCCGAGUGCCGACGACUCUGCUCCUCCCGCAAAGAGGCAAGCUGUGACUGUCAACGGUGCCCGCUCGCAUCCAGACGCUGACUUGCCGUGGAAAGAUGACAUCGAGGCCUUCCAGAAGGAUGCCAUUCUGCGACAGAUGCGCGAAUACAAGCGGGAGAAGACGACCGUCGAGGCCCAGCUGAACGAACUAGAGCGCUCCUCAAAGUACCACGACGACCACCUGCGGACCAUGGAUGCUUGGUUUGAUCAGUUGGUCGAUGAAAUUAAGCUGCUCAGCGGAGAAAAACUGGAGGCAUCAUCAGCUGACUCGAGCGCCAAUUCGUCUGUACCUGCUACGCUUUUGUUCCAAGACAGUGAAACCUUCAAGAAGCAUCUUUCUACGCGCAAGGAGAAGAUCCUCUCAUCGCUCUCGGGUCUUUUCGCAAAGUAUCCUCCUAGCAGCCCAGAAGUCGCAGAGCUGCAACAACAGCUGUCGAAGCUUUUGGCACUCGAAAAGGAUCAUGUCGUACAACUUCAACGCGUCCGCACAGAAAAAGAGCAGUUGUCUGAUCGUUUGGACACCGCAACACAUCGGUAUCUAGUUGCCGAAAAGAAGAUCGACCGCCUCAAGAGCCAACAGGUACAAAAGCUGGAGCAGCAAGCUGUCGCCAGCAGCACGGUAAAGGAAGAGACUCCAACUGCCACCAAUGGAGUCGAGCCUUCUAACGGCAAAGCAAUCUCACCAGCACCUGUUAGUGAAGAGGUGGAGACUGCCCGGAAUCAAGCUGUAGCCGAGGCUGCGAAAAGAAAAGAGCAGCUCGAGCAAGUGGAGCAAGAGAACAAGAAGCUUACAGAAGAGGUCACAUCUUUGAAAGUCAAGUUCAGCCUGCUCUCAGACGAUGACUAUGCCAAAACGGAUUUAUUCAAGGCUUUGAAGUCGCAGCACGAAGAUGUGAUCAAACGCAUCAACAAUCUGGAAGCGACCAACAUUCAGCUACGGGAGGAGGCGCAAAAAUAUCAAGCUGAACGAACAGCAUACCGAAUCAAGAUUGACGACGAGGCUCGUUCGUCUCUGGCCGAGUCCGAGAGCGCAGUUUCGCAAGCGGAGGCGAAUUUGGCACGAAUUAGAGCUGCGCGUGAUGAUUUGUUGGCCAAGAACAACUUGCUCGAAAGCAGCCGCAAGAACUCGGAAGCGUCAACCGAACAGUCGAAAGAGCUGGUCAGCGCGGUCGAGAGCCGUAUUGCAGCGCUGGAGUCGGAGUGCGAGAGGUUGAGGCUACAGAUUGCUGAGAACCAGACAAGCGCAGACGAUACGGCACCAGCUGUUUCCGAACUGACUUUGGAGGAAUCGCAGAAGAAGACCAAGAACUUGGAGACUCAACUCAAGCUACUCAGCGGCGAGCUCCCGUCAAUGGAGGCGGCAUGGAAGAAGGCACAGUCUGUUGCUAACAAGAAAGUGAUCGACACUGUCGCGUGGGAAGAGAACAUCGCGAGAGCAAACGCAGACAAAGCCAAGGCCGACCAGAAGUACUUUGCCGCAAUGAAGGUCAAGACGGAACUAGAAAUGCAGGUCCGGGCUCUUCGCCUGCAGACUACAAAAUCUACCGAGGUCGUUUCUCAAUUGAAGGAGGCAGAUGCUCUCAGUCGAAACUUGGUGGACAAGUUGGAGAAACAAACCGCCGAGAUGCGAUCACAGAUGGAUGAGCUUUCAUUGCAACACCGUCAGUUGCAACAGAAGGUCAGCGAAAACGCGAUAAUAUCCGAAGGCCACGUCAGCCAGAUUGCAGAGCUCAAGAAGGUGCUGGAGGCGAAGGACGCUUCCUGCCUGGCUGCCAAACAGGCUCAGCGCGAGGCUGAAACCGAACGAGAGUCGCUUACCGCGCAAGUGACUGGCCUCAAGAAGCAGGUACAAACAUGGAAGAAGAAGAGCACUGGAGACCAAAGCUCUGAGACAGCCACUAUGGAGCAGAUGAUUCAGUGCCAGAUCUGCAAGAGCCAUCUCAAGAACACGGUUAUCAAGACUUGUGGACAUUUGUUCUGCGAUCAGUGCGUACAGGACCGCCUGACCAACCGCGCCCGGAAGUGUCCAAACUGCGGUAAAGCGUUUGGAAGCAACGACACAAUGCGGGUUCACCUAUAAACACUUUUCUUCGACGAUACCCUCAAAUUUCUGGACAUUUGAUCGACCCAGGACCACGGUAACUUUUCGCAAUGUACAAUAGCACCUCUUUUCCUUUUGUCACUUCUUUUUGACUUUGUUGCGAGCGAGCACUGCUGGGUGUUUUUAGGCGUCUGGUAUGCGGCCGGUCCACCUUUAGCGACGUCCGGUGGCGCAAGGGAACGGCGCAAGAACGAAAGGACUGUGUACGAUCAGAUUGGAAGCACUGAGGUGUGACAGCAUGUUUUACUAGAACCAGACCUCGAGUCGAUUUCUUUCUGUUGCCUGAGGUCGGCGAUUUCUGCCGAUGGGGAAACAGUACGGAAUUUUUUUGUCAGCUACAGCGAGCUUCUUCGAUAGUAUGGUCAUACGAACGGACAUGUGGACCAAUGGAUGGUUCAGGAAAAUGCAAACUCAGAUAAUCACACUA